GAGAGAGAGACGCACCGCCUCUCUCCUUCCUCCCUGGUUCAGUCGUCUCUCUGCAGGACUCCUGUCGCUGCUCCUCUUCCUCCUGCAGGAGUCUUCACCUCCUCCUCCUCCUCCUCCUCCUCUCUGAAGGAGUGGACAGAGCGCGUCCUCAGGCAUGUGUCUUGGUCAGCGGGUCCAGGGAAGCAGCGAGCUGAAGGUCCCUCUCCUGGUCCCCUGGUGAAUUAUUCAUCGGUCCCUCCUUCAGCGUCUUUAUGUAAGCGCCGUCCUCCUGGAGAACGCUGAGGCAGGGAGGCAUGUUUGUGUCCGUGUGGUACGCCAAGAAGAUGGGAAGAAGAUUCAUCAACAACGUCAGGAGAGCUAAGAGGCACAGGCAGAGGAUGAUGAUGAACGGAUCAGAGGGGGAGCUGGAGUACGAGGAGAUCACGCUGGAGAGGGGGAACUCUGGACUGGGCUUCAGCAUCGCAGGAGGAACCGAUAACCCUCACAUCGGAGACGACCCGUCCAUCUUCAUCACCAAGAUCAUCCCUGGAGGAGCUGCUGCCCAGGAUGGACGCCUCAGGGUGAACGACAGCAUCGUGUUCGUGAACGACGUGGACGUCCGUGAAGUCUCUCACUCAUUGGCUGUGGAGGCGCUGAAGGAGGCGGGGCCUGUGGUCCGACUCUACGUCCUGCGGCGCCGCCCGCCCAGCGAACGGGUCACCCAGGUCAAGCUGGUGAAGGGACCCAAAGGUCUGGGCUUCAGCAUAGCCGGCGGCGUGGGGAACCAACACGUUCCUGGAGACAACAGCAUCUACGUCACCAAGAUCAUUGAAGGUGGAGCGGCGCAUCGGGACGGCCGGCUGCAGAUCGGAGACAAGAUCCUGGCCGUGAACCACAUGUCUCUGGAGGACGUUCUGCAUGAAGACGCCGUGGCAGCCCUGAAGAACACCGGAGACGUGGUCUACCUGAAGGUGGCCACGCCCACCAGCCAGUACAUCCACCAGGUGGACCGCUACAGCCCGCCUGACCUCACCAGCUGUAGGUACCCCUGCUCCUGGGUCAGGUUCAGAACCUCCCGUCCAGCCAGUGUCCUCACAGUCUCUGUCUGUCCCCCUGCAGCCUACAUGGAGCCGGACUACAUGUGCGAUUACCCACAAGCCCUGCCGCCGCCGUCGCCCCGCCGCUACUCCCCCAUCCCCCGCGGCAUCAUGGGAGAGGACGACUACUCCAGGGAGCCCCGCAGAGUCGGCAUCCAGAGGGGGUCCACGGGUCUGGGCUUCAACAUCGUGGGCGGGGAGGAUGGAGAGGGGAUCUUCAUCUCCUUCAUCCUGGCAGGAGGUCCAGCUGACCUGAGCGGGGAGCUGAGGAAGGGGGACCAGAUCCUGAGUGUAAACGGUGUGGAUCUCAGGUACGCCACACAUGAGCAGGCUGCAGCCGCUCUGAAGAACGCCGGGCAGACUGUGACCAUCGUAGCUCAGUACCGACCUGAGGAGUACAGUCGCUUUGAGGCAAAGAUCCACGACCUGAGGGAGCAGAUGAUGAACAACUCAUCAGGCAGCCUGAGAGCCAACCGCACCUUCUACGUCAGGGCCCUGUUUGACUACGAUAAGCAGUGGGACUGUGGCGUCCUGUCUCAGGCUCUGGACUUUAACUUUGGGGAGGUUCUCCAUGUGAUUGACAGCGCUGACGAUGAGUGGUGGCAGGCCAGGAGACUCAACCAGCAGGGGGAGCUGGAGGAGCUGGGCUACAUCCCCUCCAAACACAGGGUGGAGAGGAAGGAGUGGUCCCGUAUGAAGAGUAAAGGCAGAGAAGGUUUCAUCCACAGCUAUGAACUCGUCACUCAGAUUGAAGUGGACUACGCUCGUCCUGUCAUCAUCCUGGGACCGACCAAAGACAGAGUCAACGAUGACUUACUGUCCGACUACCCAGACAAGUUCGGCUCCUGUGUACCUCACACAACUCGUCCUCGCAGAGACUACGAGGCGGAUGGAAGGGACUACCACUUUGUGUCGUCACGGGAGCAGAUGGAGCGGGACAUCCAGUCCCACCGCUUCAUUGAGGCAGGGCAGUACAACAACCACCUGUAUGGGACGUCGGUGCAGAGCGUCAGACAGGUGGCUGAGCAGGGUAAGCACUGCAUCCUGGAUGUAUCAGCCAACGCAGUGAGGAGGCUCCAAGCCGCCCAUCUCCACCCAAUCGCCAUCUUCAUCCGACCUCGUUCCCUGGAGAACAUCCUGGAUCUGAACAAGCGUCUGUCAGAGGACCAGGCCAGGAAGGCUCUGGAUCGAGCCAUUAAACUGGAGCAGGACUUCCUGGAGUGUUUCACAGCCAUCGCUCAGGGCGACAGCUUCGACGAGGUUUACCACCAGGUCAAACUGGUCAUUGAGGAGCAGAGCGGACCCUACAUCUGGGUUCCUGCCAGGGACAGACUCUGAUUGGCUGGAAUCUGAGCGCUGUCUCCAUGGAAACUCUGUGACCAUCCCCUCUGAUGGCCGCCAACUCUUCUUGCUGCUGUGGGCGGAGCCACCUGACAUGGAUUUUAUUUCACAUUUUACGAGAAGAUGACGAGCGAGCUCAGUGAUUGCAUGAAUGCUGUUGUCAUGGCGAUCACAUCCCUGUCUGUCCAGAGAGACAUGACUGACUGACGGGAAUAAUCCAGAAUUAUCAGUAAACAACGAAGCAGAGACUGUAGAGUUCAGCUCAAAUCAAAGUAUUUAUA